AUGGCCUUGUGCCGGGCCCCUCCAGAUGCCUCGCCGACCGCGAGUCGGCCUCGAUGCCGGAGAAACACCGUUAUCGUCGAGCAUUGGCAGCAUCACAUGAAGGCGCGAAAAGUGGACCGCGCUCCCAUGCCGCUGUUGGCCACCGCCCGCUCACCUUGCCAGGCCGAGGACCCCACGGCACCAGCCCUCAGGUCACCACCCACGCGCCCCUGCAAGAGUCCUGCUGCUCCCCUCCUGCACACCAAGCUGGAUGUGAAGGCUCCAGCAUGUAUAAACCUCCUCGGCGCCUUCGUGAGACGCCCGGCCACCACCGAGGAAUCGCCUGAGGCCUGA